AUGGCUAUGACUAGUGUCAAAUUGCUUGCCGUUGUUUUAAGAAAGCCAGAUACCUGGAUUGGACUCUGGGGUGUUCUCCGAGGGAAACCUUUGUCACACAAACUCUGUACUUCCUGGAAUCGAUACAGUACUAAGUUACGUGCACCAAGUUAUAAAAGACUUAUCCAUAAUAUUUUCUCACUGAAAUUCUCAGGGCUUUUACUAUCUCCAAAAUAUAUUUUUCCAUUUUCCAUAAGACUCAAAAGUAAUAAACGCUCUAAUAAAUCUACUACAAAGUCACUGCAAAAAGUAGAAGAUGAAGAGGACUCUGAUGAAGAAAGCGAUCAUGAUGAGAUGACUGAGCAGGAAGAGGAGCUUGAGGAUGACCCUACUAUAGUCAAAGACUAUCAAGACCUGGAAAAAGCAGUGCAGUCUUUUUGGUACGAUGAUGUCCUGAAGACAGGCCUAGAUAUUGGGAGAAACAAAGUGGAAGAUGCGUUCUACAAAGGUGAACUCAGGCUGAAUGGGGAAAAGUUAUGGAAGAAAAACAGAACGGUCAAAGUGGGAGAUACAUUGGAUCUUCUCAUUGGAGAUCUUCUGAAUCCAAUGUAUCUAGGAGAUAUAUUGGAUCUUCUCUUUGGAGAGGAUAAAGAAGGAGGAACCAAGACAGUGAUGAGGAUUCUCCUGAAAAAAGUGUUUGAAGACUGA